CGGGGAUGAAGAGGUUCCUGCUGCUGUACGCCUCGCAGGGCGGACAGGCGCAGGCCAUCGCCGAGGACAUCUGCGAGAAGGCGGCGGAGCGCGGGUUUUCGGCCGAGCUCCACUGCGUCAGCGAAUCCACCCAGUAUGACCUGAGGACCGAGACGGCGCCCCUCGUGCUGGUCGUGUCCACCACGGGCACCGGGGACCCUCCCGACACAGCCCGCAAGUUCGUGAAAGACAUACGGGACAAGACGCUGCCAGUUGACCACCUGGCUCACCUGCGGUACGGACUGCUAGGUCUGGGUGACUCAGAGUACACCUACUUCUGCCACGGGGGGAAGGUGAUCGACCGGCGCCUCCAGGAGCUCGGCGCACGGCGUUUCUACGACACGGGACACGCGGACGACUGUGUGGGCUUAGAGCUCGUGGUGGAGCCGUGGGAGCAGAGCCUGGCGCCCGUGACUUCUGCGGACCCCGUCUUUCAAGUUCCGAUUUCAAAGGCGGUUCAGCUGACCACGGACGACGCCGUGAAGUGCACACUGCUGCUGGAGCUGGACAUCUCGAAAACGGGCUUCUCCUACCAGCCCGGCGACGCCUUUGACGUCAUCUGUGCCAACAGCGACACGGAGGUGCAGGGCCUGCUCCAGAGGCUGGGGCUGGCGGGCCGCGGGGGACACCUCGUGCACGUGGACGUCCGGGCCGGCACCAGGAAGAAAGGCCACGACCGCUUCGCUUUACGCGUCUCCGAGUCACACAGCUGCCGUGACGUCCCGAGCGCCGUGCCCGGCCGACUAAGCUCCCGGGUACUCGGUCUGCACGAGCCCCCAGGCGAGCAGCGCCCGUCCCGCUGA